GGCAAAAUAGUAUUUUCUCUAAGUAUAUUUUUUGUCUACGUAUUAGAAUUUUAUUGAUGUAUUCGAUAGUAGUGCUCAAUGAAAAUUAGAAAAAAUACGAUCUUGUUUUGAUAUUUCUAUUUAAAAUUUUUAGUUUGUUCAAGUGAACCAAAAAAAUGGAAAAAGACAUAAUCAUUCCAUUACAUAUAUUAGCAGGAGUUUUCCAAAAAAUUACUGAUCCAAAGAAACUAGUAAGACUUCAAUUAAUUUCGAAAGAUUUGAAACCACACGUAGAUAUCGCAUUAAAAAGAGCAGAUUGGAAAGGAUUAUGUGAAAAUGAAAUUGGUCAUUAUGCUUUAAGUACGAUAAUAAAACCAAUUCUUCCAAAAACUUCAUAUGAUGAUUUUAAUGACAUCACAUUACAAUCAAAGUGGAUGAAAAUUUAUCAUUCAUAUUUAAAUUGGUGUAAAUGUCUCAAUAGUGAUAGAUCCUUAAGACAAUUUUCGUCCAAAAGUUGUAUGUGGAAUCGUUUUUUCGCUUACGAUAAAAACACUAUCACGUGUUUAGAUGUUUGGUCUGGUUACAUUGUUGUGGGAAGUACAAAAGGUACCAUUCAUGUAUUUGCCAACUUCUUCUUGAUAAAACCACGCUACAUCAUAAAAACUGGAAGUAAAAAAAUAAAUAAAAUUAAAAUUUGGUUGACUGCGUCCGAAGAACUGCUUAUUGUUUCCUUAGAUGUCGACGGUUAUGUUCGAUUUUGGGAUAUCAAACAAAAAACUGAAAAAUUUACAAACACAUCAAAAAUUACAGAUGGGAUUGAUUUAUACAUUAAUACUUCGCGCAACCUGUAUGUUGUAAAAGAAACUCGGAUUUUGCGUUUGCAGUUGCUACCAACUUAUCCAAACCAGUUGAAAUCAUCAGAAUGUGAUUUCGAUUUGGCUAAAGAGACUUGCAGAAUUUUAACUUUAAAUUUUUUCGAACCUCAUAAAAUCUCAGUAUUUGUUCGAGCUGGAAUGGACUUCAUUUUAUAUUCGAAUGUAUAUGAUGAACCAGAGGAUCUGAACAUGUCUAAUGUUCAAGAAGAACCUAUGCCCUAUAUGUAUGUAGAUAUGGAUGCAAAUUGGCCAUUUGUAAGUUUCAACAAUCAAUCGUUGAUGUACUUAAGCCACAAUUGUUUGAAUAUCCUAAAUCAUUUUGAUUAUUGGAGAGCAUUUCAUAUGAAUCGCUACUUUGGUGGUUUUAUUACUUCUAUAGCAUGGCAUGGACAUUAUUUUCUUUUAGGAUUAGAGUAUGGAGUAAUUCAUAUAUUUUACGUCGAGAAUUUAGCAUGUUUGGAAGAAAGUACAAGUGUGUUGUAUGACACACCAAUGAGAAUUCUUAAAGUCGACUCCAAACCUAUAAUUGGUAUAAAAGUUGGCCAAAUUUUGGAUAUGCCAAUUAUAAUUGCAGUGACUGAAAAUGAUAUUUAUAAAAUAGCCAUAGAUGAAUAACUCUAUAAUUUAUUAUUUAAAUCAAAAUGGAUUUUAAUUUUCGAAAGUAUUUAUACGUAUUUUAACCAAUCUGAAUAUUUGAAGAAAUCAACCGAUAAUUCAAUGAUAAUCUAUCAUUAAGGUACACAAAAUUCAUUUUUUAUUUAUCUGUUUCUUGUUGUGUAAUUUUAUUUGAAUGUCUG